AUAUAUAGAAUAUAUAUCGGCUUAUACGAAAGUAUUGAAUGUACGCCCAUAAUCAAUUGCUCGCGAAAUAUACCAAAAAGUAGUGAAACACCAAACCAAAUUGUCAAUUUAUUAAAUGAAGUCGCUAGCUUGAAACAAAACAUGGAAGUAGGAGUGCAACAAAGUGAAAAAAGGCAUACCGAACUUAUGAAACUGAAAAUGAAAUGCUUUGCCAACAACUAAUGAAGCAAGCUCAAAUGAUGACAGAGUAUAGCGGAACAGUUUUUUCCGAAUGCUGUGGACUUCAAAAUUAUACCCUUACGAUCUAUUGAGCAAAUAUUUGGAAGUAGAAGAAAAUUUAGACAAUUAUGCUAAAGGAGAGUUCUUGGAAUAUCUUAAACUGCAUUUGGGUAGAGAUGGAAUUUCAAAGUGUGUAACACUAUUAUUUACGGAGAAACUUUUGCUUGAUAUCAACUGGGAUGGAAAGAAGCAAAAGAGAGCCUUAAACAAAUUUAAAUUUUUUAACACAUAUCUGUUUGAAGCUAUAAAGAAGAAAGAAAUGGCGUUUCCUGAUUUUGAGGUGGAAAUGAAAAAAGGUUUUAAACUCGCCAAUAAUAAAGUACACAAAAACGCAGCUAAGGAAAGGAAAAAGCUACAAACCGCUAUGGAAUAGUUCGGCUAAUACCGAUGGAUUGUUUUACUUUUAUUAUUAAUGUAAAUAUAAGCUUAUUUAGUGUGUUUCUUAACUUAGCAGUAACUUAUUUAUGUAGAAGUUUUGAUAUUUACCACUUAU